CGCCCCGGCCGCCGAGCGCGGGCAGUGAUGAGUGGCCGGCCACCUCUGGCCGACAAAGCCCUGUCCGAAGGCUACGCGCGCCUCCGCUACCGGGACACCUCCCUGCUCAUCUGGCAGCAGGAGCAGAGCAAACUGGAGGCAGGGCCCCCUGGCACGUACCUCAGCCGGAGCCGGAGUAUGUGGUACUCGCAGUACGGGAACGAGGCCAUCCUGGUCAGGGACAAGAACAAGCCGGAGGUCCCGCCGGUCCCGCGGGAUACGGGCCAGUCCAGGUUUUGCACCGUCAUGUGACUCGGCCCCGUGACCUAUCAGCCCUACUCCUGCCUCCUGUGGGUGGCUUUGAACCGUCAGCACCCAGGGCUGGGCCCAGCCUUUGAGCUGUUGUCAUGGAAACCAGGAAGCGCCUGGUGUGGUGGCUCCCCUAGAGACCAAGUCAGGGGACUUCCUGCAGCUCGGUGGCCAUUCCUCCAGGCCCUGCUGGCCUGGUCGAGGCCCUGCCACCUCUGGGUGUGAUGUGGGGUCGCUGGCUGCCACUGCCGACCCCAAGGGAACUGUGCUGUGUUUGGACGACCUGCCACCCCAGGGGUGCAGACCCUCAGAGCUGGGGGGAACCAGCACUGAGCAGGCUCCCCGCCCACAAGCCUCGUGAUCUCAAAUUUGCGUCCCAAAGUGACAGAGGCGGUUUCUGGUGGACCCUGGGGGUUCUGGCCUCUGGCCCAGGGACACUCAGGGUCGCAUGUCACCCGGUCUCCUGGUAAACAGUCAGCGUUCACUGGGGCCAGGUGUGCCGCAGUCUGUGCUGAGCAUGCACAGGAGCAGGACUGAGAGGAUGUCUCUGAAUAAAGGCCCUUUGGGACUGUCCCCGUCCCCACGA